AUGUCCAACCCUGACAUUCAGAGCAGAAACCUCAUGAACAGUUUUGAUCAGAAACCUUUUCCUGCAGAACCUGAAGGCAACACGACGACCAGGUCAGACGGGUCAGGAACUACAGGAGGUUCAGGAGCAGCAGGAACCGGAGUGACCAGAAACACCACGGUACCAGAACCACCAGAACCACCGGGGUACCAGAACCACCGGGGUACCAGAACCACCAGAACCACCAGAACCACCACAGCGACAGGCGGAAGGAUGAGUCCAGACGUCCAGCUCCAUCUCCCGCUCUUCCUCCUCCUCCUCAUCCUCCGUCAGGCUCAGCUGACCUCAGGAUCCGGGUCCCCCCAGACCAACAUGGGCCUGGAUUUCCUGGUGGUGUUUCCGGAGAACAUCGCCCACUACCACCCGAUGGACCCCCAGAACCGGGUGUCGGUGACGGCCCUGCAGGCCGGGACCCGGGUGCAGCUGAAGACGCCCCUGCAGGAGCAGGAUCUGCUGAUGGACGCCGGCGAGACCCGGACCGUCUCGGUGGACCUGGAGCUGGGCGGGCGGGACCGGACCUCCGGCGGGUCCUGGACCUCCAGCGGGUCCUGGACCUCCGACCAGGCGCUCCGCGUCACCAGCGACCAGCUAGUGGUGGUGACGGCGCUGAGCCGCCGCAGCCGCAGCCUGCAGUCGGCGCUGGUGCUGCCGGUCGACCGGCUCGGCACCAAGUACUUCGUCCCGCCGACGCCCGGCGUGCCGUGGAUCGAUGCUAGCGCUAGCACCGCGGACGUCACCGAGAGAGGACCGUUCAGGCUGGUCAUCGUCAACGGCGACCAGGACAACGCCAUCACCGUCGACGGCGUCGGGGCCACCGCGCAGAUCCAGCUGGGACCCGGAAUGGUGGCCCAGGUGGCCCUGGAGACGGGGGCGGCUCUGCGGACGGUGGAGGCCCAGGAACCCGUAUCCGUCCUCUUCGGUCACCCUUGCGCCGUCCGGGUCAACUGCACCUGCGGCCUGCUGUACUCGCCCCUGACACCCAGCCCCGACCGCAUCGACCGCAUCGCCAACUUCCCCAUCCCGCCGGCCCUGGUGGGCGACGCCGAGGACGAGGCGUCGGUCCUCUUCGCGGGGAUGGACGUGUCCGAGGUCCGGGCCUACGACCCGGGUCUGUCGCUAGUGCAGGGGCCCGGGAACCCGCUGCUCUACCGGCCGGGGCUGCUGCUCCCCCUCGUCCCCGAGACCGAAUACGGCGGCUGCUACCUGGUCACCGCGCCCCCCGCCGCCGACGCCGAGACCGCCGCCGUGGUGAUGGUGCACCGGGGCCUGCAGGACUGGGUCCGGGUCGGGGACGGGCCCCUGGAGGACGCCGAGUGGGAGGACGUGAGGGGGACGCUGUACGUCUCCACCCGGAUCGCCGUGGCGCCAGACACCACGGUCCUGAUCUGGCACAAGUCGGCCACCAUAGUCGUCUACGUCCUGCAGACCAAGGGAGGGUCCGUGUUCGGGAACCCGGCGCCCAUGAUCGGCUCCAGCCCAGACUCCAAGGGCUGUGUUCUGGUUCCGGAGGUGGUCCAGAUCCAGGAAGCGGCCGCCAGCUGGCGGGCGUCGCUAGCGUCCUGCGCCGACCAGGACCUGGAGCUGGUUAGCUUGUCCAGCGAGACCGUCCGCCGGCAGAUCUGCAGGAAGCUGCCCUGGUCCGGUCCCGGUACCGGUCCCGGUACCGACGUCCCUGAGCAGGUCUGGAUCGGUAUGAGGCGCAGCGCCAAGACCAGCGAGUGGUACUGGGUCAACAACGACACGCUGAGCAACGCCCACUGGGCCGCCGGCGAGCCCGGCGCCCACGACGACGGCCAGUGCGCCGCCAUGAGUCUCCAGCAGGGCGGCGACUUCAGCUGGAGGGACGAGGACUGUUGCCGGGCCGUCCGGCCCGUCUGCUACCGCAAGGCCAAGAUCCUGGUCCUGUAGCGGGUCGGGAGGCCCGGAUCCUGGUCCUGUAGCGGGUCCAGGACGGGGAGGAGCAGCCAGACUUCCUUCACCGCCACCUAGCAUCGUACCGAAGGAUACCAGGGCCAUGACGGGAAAAAAUAUUUGAGAGGGGAAGAUUAUUUUUAUUGUGCACUUCGAGAAAAGUGGAAAUUUUGAGAUUAAUGUUGAAAUUCAUUUUCCUGAAAAAAGUCGAAAUGUUGAGAAAAAAGUCGAAAUGUUGAGAAAAAAGUCAAAAUGUCGAGAUUACUGUUGAAAUACAAUUUUGAGAAAAAAGUGGAAAUGUCGCCUUUUUUCUCAACAUUUCAACUUUAUUCACGAAAUUUCAACUUUUUUCUUGACAUUUUUACUUUUUUCUCAAAUUGCAUAAUGAAAAAAAAAUCUUCCUCCUCUAAAAUAUAAUUUUUAUUUUUAUGACGCCUGGCCCUGAUUCUCUUCCGUAGCAUCGAUUUAAAAUUAAGCUUCAAACUGAAUAUCCGAUCUUCUCUUCUCUGUGGCCUGCGGUGAGCACCACGGCCAAUCAGAGAGCAACAUGUCUGGCUGCUUUUCCACCUUUCUAGUUUCCUCGUCCUCCGAGAUCUUUCCUGCAAUUAUUUUAGAGUUUGAAGUGCUGAGUUCUCAAAAGUACUUACCGUAUCGGCCUGAAUAUAAGACGGUGUUUUCUGCAUUGAAAUAAAACGAAAAAGUGGGCGUCGUCUUCCAUUCGGGGUCUAGACGUUAUACCCAUCACAACCACUAGAUGGAGCCAGAUAUCUGUAAAUGCUGAACUGAACUCCCCACGACAAAGAAGAGAAUCAGGGCCAGGCAGGAGAAAAAUAAAAUCAUAUUUUAGAGGAGGAAGAUUUAUUUUUCAUUAUGCACUUCGAGAAAAAAAUCGAAAUGUCGAGAAAAAAGGCAAAAUUUCAUCAUUCAUUUCAUAUUUCAACAUUAAUCUCGAGAUUUCGACUUUUUUCUCGAAGUGCACAAUAAAAGAAAUCUUCCCCUCUCAAAUAUUUUUUCUCCUGCCUGGCCCUGAUUCUCUUCCAUAAACUCCUGUCACGAAGAAUAACAAUAAAAAUAGCGGUAAGAAAGAAAAGAGAAGAAAAUGAGAGAAGAGAUAACAGAAAAUGUAGAAACGUAGUUUCUCCAAUGUGGAGAAAAGUGUGUGGAAGUUCGGCAGGUGAACCGGCAGCUGAGGAGAAGUUAUGAUGAAACUUCAACAUGAUGGUUUAAUGAGGCAAAAUAACAGGCUUUUUCUCUACAAUAUAUUGUUAUAAUCAUUUGUUUUAGAUUAACUGUCAUUAUUUUCUGUAUAAAAAUGGAAUUUGGUUCAAAAAGUCUUUUUUCAAACUUGAGUCUUGAAAAAGAGGCUCGUCUUAUAAUCAGGUCGUCUUAUAUUCGGGCCGAUACGGUAAUGGAUCAGUGUGAUUGAUAACCCUGAUCAAACCCCGUCUGGCUGCUUUUCCAGUUUCCAGUUUCCUCGUGUGACGAUCAAUCAGGUUGAUCUCGUUCAGACUUUUACUGCCAUUAUUUAGAGUUUGAAGUGCCGAGUUCUCAAAAAUACUUAUCUGUAGUUUGUUCUGUCUCGACCGUUUAUGGGUUUUAGUUUUAGUCCAGUUUAAGUUAGAAAUCAGUAAACCUGAAGAAUCUGAUCUGGACUGGUCUAAUCUGAUCUAGUCCGGUCUGAUCUGGAUCUGGUCUGAUCCGGUCUGUCUAUUUUAACCAUGUUUGUUCAUGUUGAAGGUGAAUUGAUUAAA